AUGGAAUUAAGAUAUUAAUACAAGAAACAUAUAAUAGUUGUUGUAAAUAUAGCACGUAUACAAAUUUCAAAAGUCCCCAAUCAGUGGAGAUUUAAUGUCAAUAUCGCUGAUUUGAACUUAAGGUUCAUUCCCAACCAACCUAUCAAAAUCGGCUUUUAAUUUGAGGAAUAAUUGUAUAUGGAAAGACUCAAAUCCAAAUUCCUCCCCUACACUCAACAAAAAAUUCAACAUCGUAAAACCAAACAAAUCCCAUUCCUAUCCUUGCUUUUGGAAUCUUCAGCCAUCAAUUGUCUUUUCCUAACCCUCUCUCGCCUCGACAUCCAUUUCAAUGCAAUCAAUGUCACCCUGCCAAAACUCAAUUCCAAAGAGAAGGAUUUGCCAGAUAUGACCUUGAGAUUGGGCUAGACAUCAGUAUCUUUGCACCUAAAUCAAAACGGUCAUCUUCAAUGGAAACUCAAUAGCGAAGGAGCCAACAUGCAUCAAUGUUUCACAAUUAAUACUAUUAAUUUAAAUGCAAUCACUAAACCUGGACUUUUGGUAGAUCUAUUAGAAGAACACAGCUACAUAGAUGUCAACAUCCAGGAGGUCCGUUGGUUUUGUAAAAGUGAAUAUUUCUACACUAUGGACGUCUUAGCCAAUGAAUUUUGGACCAGACCAGAUAUUAAUAAAAUUCUUAAACGACAAUUCAAUGAAAGAGGAUUCAUGUUUUUAGGAAAACCCAGAGAAAUGAAUCUUAAUUUCGCCUCCUUCAAGAUUGAAUUCAGUAUCUUCAAUGAUUCCGAUAAUGAGAAAAAGAAUUCCUUCAACAUCCUAACCUAAAAGUUUUUUAAGUAUACUCAAAACAAACUUGUGUUUGAAUGGCAACAUUUGAAAUAUUAUGGGUAAUUUGAUAUCGUCGAUACAGAUUAAACCAAAAAAGGCAUUAUCUAAUGUAAACAGUUUACUGUGAAUACUUUACAAGAAGAUAUUAAAUUCUAAGAUAUUUCUUGGAACCUUGAAUCCAUAUCCAGCAAUACUGUGCAUUCUAAUGAUCACACAAAACAUUUCAUCAGAUUUGGAGAUCUUACCAUUAAUUUAUCUCCUUAACUGAUUAAAUUUUUUACUCUUAUUUAAACUGAAUUGGCAUCAGAAUUCAGAGUUGCAUUUGUAGAAAACUAUGAAUAAAGCAAAUAUUUUAAAAAAUACAAUCGUAUAGCUAAGGAGAUGUGCUGUGAAUUUCUGAAUAUUGAUCUCAACAGUGCAUUAAGUACUUCUUUUGAUUUUUUAAUUACUAAUAAAUUUUAAAUUAAUUUAAUCUUUGAUGGUGCAAUUAUUAAUUCAAUCACUAUUAAUAAAUUUCAUUAUAUUUCAAAUGAAGGAGAUGUUAAUGAAUCUUAAAUUUCAUUUGACAAUUGCCAGAUUACAAGCAAUAUUAGCUAAACAGAUGGAUUAAUCAAAGAUUUCAAAAUGCAAAAUAAUGCUCAAAUAGUGAAUUACACCUUCAAUACAUUUCAAUUAUUGGUAGAGUAAAUCAACAUUGAAAAGAUAUUAAGAAUUUAUUAGCUUUAGAAAAUAUUCAGAUAAUAAUUGUCCAAAUUUACUUCAUUCAAAUUGACACCUUUAGAAAAAAAGAAAUCAAAAGCCAAUAAACCAGUAAUCAAAGAUAAAAUCGUCAAUUGCAAAGAAAUUAAACUCAAAUAUCUGGCUAAACCCUUCUUGGCUGAAGUGAAUCUUCUGGAAAUCAAUACCAAAGAUCCUAAUAAUAUUGAUUUAAAUUAAUUCUCAAUUAAAUUUCAGGAAUAAUCCCUAUUUGUAAUUGAUCAAAUUCAAACCAAAAGUAGUGCUGAAUUGAUGUAAAUUAAUAUUAAGUCUGCCAUCCUCAAUUUUGAAGAGGAAGUUAGAGAUAUUAAUGUAUUCCUAUAAGGUAUUAAAUAAAUGAACACUAUUGUGUCUAGAAAGUAGAUCUUUGACAUUAAUCAAGAAGAGAUUGACACGUCCUAAUUGAAGAAGAGAAGAUCCUCUCAUGAUGGGGUUCUUAAAAAAAUACCUAACGAUUAAGAUGUCACCACAAAGGUUAGAUCGAUCUUUGGAAAAAACACUAAUCUUAGUAUCAUAAAUUUUGAAGUCAUUAUUAAAGACACAAAACUAAAUGAUGCGAUGUGUAGAUACAGAAGAUUUUAAGAGAAGUUUGAAACAAUCAAAAGCAGACAGAAUGAAAGUAGAGUAUUGGAAGGGUUAAAAACAUAAUAAUCAUAUCCAUUAUUGCAUUUGAAAUUCUAGAAUAUCAAUCUAAAAUUAAAGAAAUAAAAUCUGACUGUCAAUCAAGUACUUGAUAAGAUUACGAAAUUAGAUUCUCAUCCAACUUAAUUAGAUGAGUCUUUCUUUGAGUACUUUGAGUUGGCCAAUUGUGAGAUUUCAUUGGAAUAAAUUAGAAUAUCUCUAAGGGAUUAUAAGUUAAAUAUCCUCGAUAUAAGAGGUAUCAAAUUAAACACAUUUCUAUGUAUUUCAAGAUUGAACACCUAAAAUAUAUAGAUUGGGUUUAGAGUGUUUUAUGAUUUAAAUUUGGAGACCAAAUAAUUAUAAAUAGCAGCAGGAUUGAAUUUAGUAUUUGCUUUCCGAGAAAUCUCCAAUAGAAUUAAUCAAAUUAUGGGUCAAAGUGUAAAUUAAUAGCAAAAUAAGAUAGUAAUAAAGGAGUAAUUGACAUUUUGGGAUAGAUUCAGAUUAAAAUUCCAUGGGAAAUUGCACUUUCAACUUGAUCAUUUAAUUUUGUAAAUCACAACAGACAUAUUGCCUUAUUCAGUUGAUUGCAUUAAGUUUUCAUCGAAGUUAUUAAACGUUGAAUUUUUAAAUUGGACCUUAAAAGGCUAAGCUGAUAAACUUAAAUUGGGUAGAAUUCCAAAAAUCUAAAAAGUACUUUACAUUCCAAGAAUCUAGAUGAUUACUGAAUUCAACUGGUUUGCUCAAAAAGAUCAAUACGAUCAUUACUUUUAUAUGAGAAAACCUUACUUUAAUUAAAUAAAUAGUAGCUUAAAUGAUUUUAUAAGUCAAUAAUUGCAAAUCGAAGUUAAAGUCGAUUGCAUUCAAUAUGAACAUUAUAAGGAAUCUAAUUUUAGAGAUCAACAAAAGCAUUGUUUCUUUAUCCAUUAUUAGAACUAGUUUAUGAGAUGGUUGAAGAAUAGACCCAUUUUGAGACAUGAUGUAUUGAGAAUGUUUUCAGUGUAAAUUAAUAAAUUGCCACAAGUGAUGGACAAUCAAAUGUACGAGAUGGAAUGGAACAUGUAUGCUGAUUAUAAGACUUUGGUUAAUUAUACAUACAUAAAAUUGAUGGAAUCCUUGAUGAUUAAAUAGUCAUUAUUUUAACAUACAAAGAAGGUUAACAUUAGAGUCUAUUCAAAUAAAUUUAGAAUGUUCUUUACAAACUCAGAAAAACCAGUAUAACACAAUGAGACAUUUCUGAAAUAUAAAGAUGUCCCAUUUAUUGGAUUUUAAGCCUUACUUCAAUCUUUGAAGGUCAAUGUCCAAUUAGAACCUAAUAGAAUUGAUAACGAAUGGAGAUUCGAAGUCCAAUCUAUCGCAGCAAGAUGUGACCAAUUGGUAUCUUCUAUGUUUGAUGGAAAACAAAUGUUGGACAUGGAAUAGCCAGAACCUUUGGGUUAACAAUAAUAGUUUGUAAACUUCUUUGACAUUCAACCAGUAGACUACUAUUAGAGUGAAUUAAAUCAAUCAUAGAACUUGUAAAACAUGACUUUCCAUGAAUUGAAGAAAUUGAAGAAGUUCCUUAAACAACCCUUCAUCAUUAAUACUACACUUACUCCACAAUAUCACUUAUUUAAUUUAUAAACUGAUGAGUCAUACUUGGAGGAUUCACUCGAAGAUGUUAAAGUCAGAGGCAGAGCAUCAGGCAUUCAAAUAAAACCAUAACCAAAAAAUGAAUUUAAUGCUUUCGACAUCUUCUUAAAAGCAAAAUCAUUAGAGUAUAAAUAGAACUAGAAAAUAGAUUUGUUGGAUGAAGAUGAGGAGAACAAUACUAAUACUGUUAUGACCAAGAAAAUAAUAAAGAAUUUCAUUUCUGCUUUGGAUAGUCAGUUUCUAUUUACAUUUUACUUAUAAGACAUCUGGGGUAAUGUGUUUGAGAGUCUUGAAAUACCUUAGAAUAAAGAGGCUAAAUAAAACUUUGAUAUGCAAUUAGAUUAAUCCAAACCCAAAUCCUAUAGUAGAGAAGAAUUAAUAUUGAUGGUUUCAUUGGUCAAUCCUCAAUUCAAUUUCUAAUAUCACAAUGCUAAUUGUCAAAUGAUCCUAACCUCACCCAAAGAUUGCUAGAUUAUAAUGUCAGAGUAUAUUCUACCAUUUGAUAGCCAAGAAAUCGAUAAAAAACUAGUUACCAAAUUGAUAUUCAAUGGAUUAGAUUGUCAAGUAUUACAAAAGCAUUUAGAUGCCAAGUAGACUGUAAGAUUCACUAGUCAAGAUUAUGAAAAGAUUAUUAAAUGUGAUUAUGCUCUAUUUUAGAUCUAAAGUUAUCAGUUAAGAGAAAAUACCAGAGAUUUCACAGAAAUAUCCUCAUCAAAUAAUAAGAAACACAAUCCUAAUUAUUGGAAUUAAGAAUUAAGGAGACCUAUAGUAUAAGUAAAGGUUGGAUAACUCAAUGCAACAAUGAAGAAAUAUUAAUUAGAUCAAUUCUUAGAUAUGGUAACUUUUAUGGAAAUGGCAGUGACUACAAAAAAUGAAUUUGAAAACAAAGAGAGAUUCUGUAGAAAUAAAUUAAAAGAAUUGAAUUAGUAUGGCUUAAAAUAACUUGAUCAAAUGAUUAAGAAGAAAAUCUCAGAAAAUCUAGAACAUUAUGGGGCUGAAAAAUCAAAACUAGAUUAUGCCAUUAAGGAAACAAGUCUAUCAUUAUUGGAUGAUCAAGAAAUCAGCUUUAUUUUAUUCAAUAUCAGAUAAAUUAGAAUCAUUGAAACUGUUUUUGAGAAUGAUAGUCACAAAAUUGAUAUUCUACUCUAGGAUUUAGAUGCAAUUAAUAAAAUUGAGUAAGAUCCUGAUUACAAAAUGGUAUUAAGUUAAGAGAUCAAAGAAUCCAAACAGUAACCCUUUUUCAGAAUGAUCAAAAAGUUUUAUCCUCUUCAGAUAUAUUAAUAAAAAUGGUUUAUAAUUGAUUAACAUGACAUUAAGAUGAAUCCCUUAACAAUCAUUUUGACCGAUGAAUUGUAUGAUCAGUUUUAUAAUUAUUUCUUCGGAGAUGAAUCUACACAAAGAAAUAAUAGAUUAAGCAUUGAAAAGAAGGAAUAAAUGAAAUCUGCAAUGGAGAAUAUAUCUAAAUAAAUCCCAGAUUAUUUCAAUUCUUUAUAAGUAAGCGAACUUAAAUUAGUGGCCACAUUCAAACACCCAUCCAAAAUUAAGAGAUUUAAAGAUGUCACUAUAUAAUUAGAACCCUAUAAAUCACCUAAAUAGUUCACCACCACAAAAGAUCAAUUUGAUGAAUUUGCCGCUUUUGUUCUUAAGCAAAUUUCAACAUAGAUAUUUUCGAUUAUUGGGCAAAAGCUUUUUGGAUGA